GUACUGUGGAUAUAGGUGUUAGUGCCUUCGCGCACCCCAUCGCAGUCAUCGUACGUAGCACGUGAAAUGAAAGUUAAAAUAGUUGCUUCAUUAGUCAAAAGAGGCAAGGAAAUAACUCAGAAACUAACAACUAGACCAAAAAAGGUCGGCCUCUGUUGUGUUCUGAGUCUGUUCAAAACUAGUAAAUUGUGAUUUUUGCGAGGAAAAUCGCGAGUGGCACAGUGCACAGCAAAAACAAAAGAGAAUUCUUGUCAAAAAAGGCCGUCAUUUCCCACAACGAGCGAAAACUGGAAUAAGGACGAGAAAUCCCAGUAGUUGAAAGCUAGUUUAACACGGCUCUAUGCUGUCCUUUCCAAAUAGUGUGAAUCUGGCCUUCAGAAUCAUAAUUAUUGACAACGUAGCAAGUUAGAGCUCAACCAAAAAGUAGCAGCUAUCGCAGUACUUGACAACUCAAGACUUCGCUAACCAUUGGAAAGAACUCAACAACGCAUCAUAAUACUGCCAGAUCUACACACCUCGUCACUACUCGUCGCUAGCCUAACUCGUAGCAAGCGAGGCCAUAUUUCAGUGAGAUCAGGUUCUCCAAUCCUGCCAUCGAGAACUUAAGUGCGAAUGAAAAAUCGUGAUUUUUUUGUCUUUACACUAUUUAUAUAACAUUUUGUAACGUAUAUCAGGAAAUCCAGUCUAGUUAGUUCUAAGUAAAUUUCAAUUGCAAUCAAGCUCGCCAAUAACGCCGAAACACGGAAAAACCAUCUGAAUUGUAAUUUGUCCAAAAAACACUGCCCAAGAUGGCCGACGUCAUCAGCGAUCCGGUAGUGGAAAGCCAAUCUGGGCAGCCCCAGGAAGACAACAAUAAUCAAAUCGAUUUUACUAAUUCUGUCGCGAAAUUGAAUGUUAACGGAGAUUCCGAUCAUCAGCAACAAGAUGAUACUGAGGGCAACAACAAUUACAUUUCAACCAAUAAUAAUACUGCUGAUAGUAAUAACCUUGAUGGCAGCCACAAGUCGAUAGGCAUACGCAUUCGUCGAACGUCAGAGAAAAUGUUAGGAGAAGAAACGGGUGGACGCAAGAAAUACUCAUUGGAUCAACUGUUGUCUCUGAAGGACGCCGCUAUUUGCAGAGAGAAGCCAACAACUAUACCGGAUGGGUGCAAGUCGAUUCUCAAAUCGUUUCAUCAUAAUCCAAUGAUGAGCACAAAUUUUGGCAACCAGGAUAAUUCGCUGCUGCCAAACUUCAUGAAGGGUGGUAUGGAUAGUGGCGGCAUGAUGGGUAAUCGGCCGUUGCCGGUGAAAAGGGCACCUUACCAGGGGCGUCUGUCAGCCAAGGAGAUGAGAUCUAGUGGUCAAGAUGACGUGGACGCCGGAAUAAUCAAGGUCAACUUGAACAUCACAGAGGAAGUUAAACUUCGAGAAUCAGCCAACGCAUGGAGGCCCAGGUUCCUUCAAAAGCAAGAGGAAUGCGACGAAGUCACGAAAAAAACUAACGAACUGCUGAAAAAGUUUCGCAGUGUGCUGAACAAACUGACGCCAGAUAAUUUUAGCGUUCUUGUAGAGCAAGUGAAGACGUAUGAGAUUGAUUCCGAGGAACGUUUGGAUGGGUGCAUUAAAAUUCUUUUCGAGAAGGCAAUUAUGGAGCCCAAUUUUACGGACACUUACGCACAAAUGUGCAAGGAACUAGGAACUAUUAUUAAAAUUGAAACGAAUGACAACCAGCAACCUAAUUUCAAACGAAAACUAAUUACUCAGUGCCAACGUGAGUUUGAGAAACAUCACACGGAUUCAAAGCAGAAUGGCAGCGAGAUGGAAAAAUCGAAAACAAACUCAGAAGAGGAAAGAACUGAUGAAAUCGAUGAGCUUCAGUAUGAAUUAGAAGAGAAGAAUACCAAAAUUCGGAGGCGAGCUAUGGGCACAAUCCGCUUUAUUGGAGAACUUUUCAAACAGGAACAGUUGACAUGUAAAAUUAUGUACACGUGCAUUAACAUAUUACUGAGCGAAACCAUGCUGGACGAGGAGUCUCUUGAGUGUCUUUGCAAACUGCUCACAACGAUUGGAGGACGAAUGGAGAAAGAUCCCGUGCAGGAUUCACAGGGUUUGCAAUAUUGCUUCUUGCGCUUGCAGGAGAUCGCAGAUAGGAAGUCCACACUGCAGGUGUGCAAUCGAAUCCGUUUCAUGAUACUUGAUCUGAUCGAACUGAGAAAAAAUAACUGGCAACCCAGGAGGGUGCAGGCGGCCCCAAAAACCAUGGAAGAAAUCCAGAAAGAGGUUGAAACGGAAGAGAAUAAAAACAGAAUUCUGAACUUUGUGCUUUCCGGCCCUGGGCGUGGAGGAAAUAACCGUCAAGGCGGUGAUCGCGAUCGCGAUCGUGAUCGUGAUCGCAAUCGCGGUGGGGAUGGCGGAAGUGCGUCCAAGAAUAAACAACGCUUCGUAGAUGAUGACGGAUUCAUGCAAACGGGAUCAAAUAAAACGGCACGUCCACUGCCAACAUUCGAUCCUAAAAAAUUGAACUUAACGCAAAAAUCUCCUGAAAUGACUCGUCUGGGAUCGGCAUCCAUGUUCCAGUGCUGGGGAAAGAAUAACGCAUUCGCAACUCUAAACGAUGAACAGCAGAGUACACCACCGCCCAGUUUCUUCGGCCCAGGAGGCAUUGGGAGUGGAGGGUCCGGAGGAAAUAGCAGUCAAUCGUCUGGCGGCGGCGGCGGUGGCGGUGGUGGUAAUAAAGGUGGUGGAGGUGGUUAUGGUGGAGGGAACAAAAAAUCCGUUGGAGGUGGCGGCGGUAGUGGUGGAGGCGGAGGCGGUAAGAAGCCACUUUAUUAUGGAAGAAAUAGCAGUCGAUUCUGAUAAUAGGCCGAGUGUUGUGAAAACAUGGACAUGGAUCAGUUUAGAAGUUUAUUUUCUAAUUUUUUAAGAUGGUUUUCGUUAUAUAUUUUUGAGAAGAUAAAACGACUUAGAAUGAAAGCAAACACGCCUUGUUCUAUUUCACAUACCGGGCGAAACCCUGCUGCAAUCUGAUUAUCGAAGUUUGAAAGCACAGUUUGUAUCUUCUAUAUGGAGUGAGCAUUUUGCUGGUCUGAUUGCCAAAAAUGCCACUUGUAAGGGUGCAUCUAGUUUAAAACAGUAACAUUUUUGUUGAUAGAUUUUUCUUUUGUAUACUCUCACAAAUAUCAUUUUUAUAUACCGUUAUUUAGUACGAUGAAAUUCCUAUACAAGUUUAUGGACUCAACAGAAAAUGACGCUGUUCUGCGAUUAACUGUAAAGCAGUGAAGCAAAUUGUCGGUAGUGUAUAACAGUUAGUUAGAAUUCACAGUUCAUAAAUAGGAGCCUCACUAGUGACACAAUAACUGAACAGCCAAUAUUACUAACUGAAGUUCCUUUUUGCAAUAUUUGGUGAGCUGAGAACGUGAGAAACAUAUUGAAUGCUGCAAAACUUCUGCAGAGACUUAACUGCGAGAGAAUCACAACAAAUAAUAAUACGAACAAUGAAUGUAGAAGGGCAAGAAAAAUGAGCGUGAAUUGAGAUUAACAAACGAAAAAAAAAAUUGAAUAUAUAUGUAUGUGAUUAACAACUGAAACUGAAUUAUAGUCAAGGUAUGCUAAUCGUUCAAUGAAAUUAAUCUGGCGAGUAGAAAAGCUAAUCAAUGAAUAGAUUACGAUAGUUUGUCAUUCUUGUCGCCAAUUGAUGCGCUGUAGUGGAGUGGAAUAGUCUAGAAUAGAAUAUAAUAGAAACGCAGUGAAGUAAGAUUGGAAUAUCUGGAAAAGUUGGUGUUGGAAGUUACACAACCAAGACCUUCAAGACAUGCUUUAUGGGAGCGAUUUAAAUUUAAAAGUUAUUAAAUAUAGGAAACAUGAUACUACCUUAAGACAAGCUGCGGGAAAACAAGUAUUCAUGCUCAACACACAGAUAGAUGGUUUAACCAUAUUGCCGACAAAUAUGGUAAGCCCUGAAACAAUAUAGUAAAUAAUAAAUUUUAAAAUUAAUAUUCUUUAGAUAUUGAGAUGGGGACAUAUAGAUACUUUUACCAUUGAAUUGUGUAGAAUCACGUGUAUCUUUUUUUCUAGUUAUACAUAAAUCAACGUAUAAGCAGUUAUGUAAAGAAGGGACAAGAAAGAAUCCAUUAUCCUGGAGAACCAAA